AUCGUCGUAGUCGUGAUUCGUGGAAGUAGCGGAGUUGCAGCAGCAGCAGCAACGGUGGCAGAGAAGAAUAGAAAUUUAAUAUUCCACCCAAAUUUCACACAUUUUAUUUGAAUGCAUUUAAAAGAACGUGUGAAAUUCGAAGUGUAAACGGAAGCGGAACAGUGCGAGCAGCAGGAAAAGACGAAAGUGAAAGGCAAAGCAGAGCAACAGCAGUAGCAGACGGCCGUACAGCGUAAGCAGCGAGCAAAAGCAAAAAAAAAAAAAAUAAGCAAAGUGACAGACUUCUUGAGCAAAAGACAAAUUGCUGUGUUGCUAUUUGAAGUUUUGAAUGUUGUAAAAAUUCUACGAGUUUCUACAAAUUCCAACAACGUGGCAAAUCUGUGUACUUUCGAAGGAUAUUGUUGGACACUGAAGCAUACGAUUUGCAUCAAAAUCAAGGUGUGAAAUUGUUUACACACACCAGUCUAACAAAACGCCGCCAGCCAGAAAUGUCCAAUGGUGACGAAGUGCUAGACAACUGGGAGGAAAUUGAUGAAGCUGGUUUGACAGAUACAUUGCAGAAGAUACAACAAAAACAACAGGAUACACCAGCGCAAAAAACCGAUAGUGCCAAAAAGUGCUCAACCAAUUUGCCAACAAAUUCGUCAAGUUCAAUAAAUUCUUCACUUGCAGUGUUUUCCAAUUCCACAACAAACACAGCUUCAACAACAGCUGAAUCGAAACAAUUUACGUUCUCCACAGCUGAGUUUCCAACACCUGCUGUCGCCGCAACCGUUCCGAUGAAAUUACUACAGCGCAACGCAAAUAAUACUGGUGGCAAUGUACAGGCCGCACUCGGUGGCAGUACAACAGCUGCUGAACUAAAAUCGCCACUCGAUGACAUGGCAGCUUCAUUUCAGCCGGUGAUGAUGAUGUUACAUAAACCAGCCGAUGAAUUCCAGUCUCAGAAUUAUGCGACACCAACGAAUUUGCAGACUGUGAAGAUAUUGCGUCGUCCCACGCAAUCUAUGGAGCCGCGUAAUAACGGUAUUAAGCCACGUCAGCCAAUUAAAACGUUGCAACAACGUGAGCAGGAGUACGCAGAAGCCCGUUUACGCAUUCUAGGAUCUGCAAAAAAUCCCGAGGAUGAUGUGGGCGCGUCAAACGCUACGAAUAAUGCGAGUGCAACAACAACCGCCACCGCCGUCAACACGACUGCAAGCACAAACAAUGCGUACAAGGGAAACAACGCUUCCCCCAAGGUCAAUCAGUCUGGCGGCAAAGGUGGAGGUGGCGGUGGUGGUGGUAAUGGUUCGCCACUUAAUAUGUACAAUAACUAUUACAAUCAUCAGCAACAACAACAACAACAUCAGCAGCAACAGCAACAAAAUAACUACUAUUAUAUGCAGCAACAGAAACAGCAACAGCAACAACAACAGAUACCACCCGCUUAUAACACCCGUUCAAUGUCAGCGCUGCUGCCACUUCCGCUACCGACUACGCUACAGCAUCAGCACCAACACCCGAAACCACAACUACAGAGCCAACAUCAAACAUGGUCACCUGUAGUCGGUGGCAGCGUGUCGUCAUCGGCUUUAAGACAACAACAGCAAGAGAGCAUUUUACGUUUGCCUCGUGGUCCUGAUGGAUCGAAUGGUUUUCAGAUGCGUCGGUAACGCGGUUAAUUACAACGGAAGAUUUUUAGUCAAACAUCGCCGUGAUCGUCAUAAAAAAAACAAAAAAACAA